AGGGUCGAUCGGGAUACUGUGGCUGUCUUCCACUGCAACAAGCGGUCUGGUUAGUACGUCUGUAUUUCAAGGCGUGAACAAGUGGUGUCGUACUAGUCGUAGCACUCGGCUUUCUGAGCGGUUCCAGACGAACAGCUCAGCUGAUCUGCCUGAAGAGUGAAGUCGCCAUGUUGGACCUCCUGCCUUUCUCCCCCACCUGGGUGCUGGUAGGACUGUGUGCGGUGCUGUUGUAUCUGUAUAUGGUGUGGCCUUACUCCACCUUCAAUGACCUGGGAAUCCCUGGCCCCAAGCCUGUACCGCUGUUUGGGAACUAUCUGUCAUACGGACAGGGCAUAGCAAAGUUUGACAAGGAAUGUUACAAGAAAUUCAACAAAGUCUACGGGAUCUUUGAAGGUCGGCAGCCGAUUCUGAUAGUCGGUGACCUGGAGCUUGUCAAGGACAUCACUGUGAAGGAGGCAAACACCUUUACCAAUAGACGGAUAUUAGAGGGCCAGGGAGAGUUUUUUGACGGUGGACUUCUCAACAUUAAAGAUGCGGACUGGAAACGUGUGCGGAGCGCCAUCUCACCCACCUUCAGCUCAGGCAAACUCAAACAGAUGGCAUUAGUCGUGGAGAAGUGUGGGGACAACUUCGUUGCCAACCUUGAGAAUAACGCGAAACAAGGCGUCAUGUUUGACCUGAAAGACCUUUCCGGUGCCUUCACCAUGGACGUGAUCUCAGGUACAGCAUUCGGAGUGGAUGUCGACUCCCUGCACGACCCAAACCACCCCUUCGUCGCCAACGCCAGAAAGCUGUUCGACUUCAAUCUCUUCAACCCUAUCUUGAUCGUUCUGUUUCUCUUCCCUCAGUUGGCCAAGAUCUUCUCGGCAAUGGGGCUGAACAUGUCAGUUUUCUCCACAAAAGCGCUGGAGUUUUUCGGCGCGGCGGUCGACAAUGUGCUCGACAUGAGAGGCAGCAACGAAGAGGAGGCUGCAAAACGCGUGGACUUCCUGCAACUGAUGUUGAAAGCUCAUAAUGAGGAACUGGAUAAAGAAAUGCCGAAGGACGUCGUCAAACAUGGUGUUUCCAAGAAGGAGAUCAAGAGUAACGCCGUGCUGUUCUGGAUUGCCGGGUACGAGACUACAGCCAACACGAUCUCCCUCACAGCCUACAACCUGGCCCUGCACCAGGAGGCGCAGGAUAAAGUCAUCGAGGAGGUAGACGCCGUCAUCGAAAAGAGGGGCCAGCUGGACUACGAGGCUGUGAACGAGAUGCCCUUCCUGGAGAUGUGUGUCAACGAGACCCUGAGGAUGUUUCCGGCUGCACAGAGGUUUGAUCGCAUCUGUAAGCAAGAUACGGAGGUGAAAGGUCUGCACAUCCCGGCGGGAACCAUCGUCAACAUCCCCGCCUACGCCAUCCACCAUGACCCCGAGAUCUGGCCGGAGCCGGAGAAGUUCAAGCCUGAAAGGUUCAGCAAGGAGGAGAAGGAGUCACGUGACCCGUACGCCUACCUCCCGUUCGGCUCCGGACCCAGGAACUGUGUGGGCAUGCGCCUCGCCUUGAUGGAGCUCAAGUUCGCUCUGGCCAAGGCUCUGCAGAAGGUCCGCUUCGUCACCUGCGACAAGACUGUGAUCCCCAUCGGCAUCAAGAACACCCUGGGGAACCAGAUUGAGGGAGGCAUGUGGCUGAAGGUGGAGGCUCGGACUUAGGGGAGGAUGUCGUCUACAAUAUACAAGAUGUC